UUUUAUUUUUGUUACAAAUUUUUCCGCUCGCGCCGACCAAAAAAAUUCUAAAGUGAUUAGUGUUUUUUUUUUUUCAGUUCUACCACAAUUUUAGUUUCUUAACCCAUUCACGAGUCUCUUUCGUGAUAACAACCAACAUAACUAUGGCAUAGAGAGACAUUUUAUUAUUCGUGUGUGUAAUCUUUUGCAACUCAUCCUUAUCAUCAUUCAAAAACCAAACCAAAGAGUCAGUUUGAUUAAAAUCUCUGAAAUAAAUAAACAUUCUGAGACGAUAAAAGAAGAAUUUUUAUUCUUACUCAUGGAAUACAGUGACUACGUAAUAGGUGGAUUUGCCUCUGUCGGAGCAACAAUAUUCACCAAUCCAAUUGAGGUGAUAAAAACAAGAAUUCAGCUGCAAGGAGAACUCGCUGCUCGAGGAACGUAUGUAGAACCUUAUAAAGGCAUUGUCAAUGCUUUUAAAGCUGUCGCUAAAAAUGAUGGAUGGUCUGGAUUGCAAAAGGGACUUGUUCCCGCGCUGUAUUUUCAAUUUAUAUUGAAUUUCUUUCGACUUGGUUUAUAUAACACAGCCAUGUCCAAAGGCUGGAUCCAUGAUAAACACGGCGAUGUGUCGUUUGCCAGAGGAGUUUUCUUUGGAGCCGGCGGCGGUAUUAUCGGUGCCAUGGCUUCCAGCCCGUUCUUCCUGAUUAAGACUCAAUUGCAAUCGCAGGCAGCAAAGUCGAUUGCUGUGGGCUAUCAACACAUGCACACGGGCAUGUUUAGUGCCUUGGCAGCUACUUACUCGAAACGUGGGGUCUUGGGUCUUUGGCGUGGUGCUCAAUCGAAUAUUCCGAGAGCUGCUCUCGGCAGUGGUGCCCAAAUAGCUACUUUUGGGAAAGUUAAAAGUCUGCUUAAAGAACAUGAUAUUAUUGUUCAGCCAACAAUGAAUUCGUUUGCAGCUGGAGCAAUUGCUGGUUCGUUUAUGUCACUUGCUAUUACUCCUCCUGAUGUGAUUGCAACUCGAUUGUAUAACCAGGGGCUUGAUGAACAUGGCAAAGGGCUGUAUUAUAAAGGAAUGUGGGAUUGUUGUGUGAAAAUAUUAAAAACUGAAGGAGUCUAUGGAAUGUAUAAGGGAUUUUGGGCGAAUUAUCUUAGAAUUGCUCCACAUUCAACACUGGUUUUGUUGUUUUUUGAUGAAUUAUUAAUUGUUCGAGAUGAAUAUAAAGAGAAGAAAUUAUUGAAAAGCCAUUAGAGAGCUCUAAAUUAUUUUUUUCAAAGCGCUGCUUUAAAAUGAUCUUCCAUAAAAAAAGCACAAAAUCGAGAAGAUAAAACCUACAUAGCUUCCUAAUUAACUUUGUGCUACAAAGUGCCUAUUAAUUGAUUUUGUUUUUGUUAUAAUUUUUUUAAUAUUAAGUAUAAAUGAUAUUUUUUUUUAUAGAAUAGACGAAUUUUAAGAAUAUUUAAAAAAAAAAAAAAUAA